AUUCCUUUGUGGUGGCAAAACAAAACAAACAACAAAAACACGCAGUCCCACUUUUAACCCCUGACUUUGGUCUUCCAUGUGUUUCUGUUCAGGCUCAAAGGCUUCAAUUCCUCUUUCACUCCCUGAUUUGUAGUUAGAUACUAAGUUGUUCCCACACAGAGCUCAGAGAUCUGCAGAAAAGCCAUGGCUGUCCAACAGCAGCCCACCCAGGUGAUGACAACUGCCAACGCUGGGCAGUGGACCACCGGCCUUUGUGAAUGUUGUGUUGAUAUGGAGACCUGUUGCUGUGGCUUUUGGUGUUUCCCCUGCAUGCAGUGUGAUGCAGCCAGUAAACAUGGAUGGUGCUGCGCACUGCCACUGCUGGAUGUUUGUGGUGUGGUGUCCUGCUUACUCCGUGGGUCCAUCAGGGAGCGCCACAACAUUGUUGGCUCGUUCUGUGAUGACUGCUGUAAAGUGUGCUUUUGUUACCCGUGUGUUUGGGGCCAGAUGCAUCGUGAGAUGAAGAUCAGGGAAAACAAGUAGCCCGCCACCCAGACUGUGAUCACCACGCAAGUCGUCUGUGGAUAUGAUGCAAACAUUUUGGCUGUGUAAUGAGAGGCUAUGACUUUUUCAGGCCAAUAAAAUCCUUUAAUUUUA